ACAGCUUUCACAGCUCUCGAUCCCUAAUCAGCAACAGGCCAUUUCUGUGGGGGACAUCCCCCCGCUACCGCCCUCCCGGUUCCAGCACCUGAACCAGGUGCCGGAGCCCCAUAUUCCUCGUCCUGAAUUUCAGUAUCCUGUGGCGGCAGGUCCACAACGGCGGUAUUUUGAUCAGUCGCAACAAACGCAACCACAGCCACAUCCUUACAGGGCCAACCUGACCUUCCAACCUGAUCAUAAGAGUGACACUCAACAGUCGGUUCCCAAGCCACAAGCAAGAGACCCUCACACCGAGCAUGCGCAACUAAACGGGGCCCAGCAGACUAUGCGUUCAUAUUCGGAUUCCAUGCCUCGCCAAAGACAGUAUCCUGUGCCGAUGCAGCAGAUGCCCCAAAUGCAUCUAGUGCACCAGCAGCGAGGACCUCCGCUUCCGAAGCUCACGAACCCGAACGCAGUUCCGCAAAGAUACUACGCUCCAUCUCCCACGCAACAACUGGCCCCCCAAUCGCCCGGAACUCUUGAUCCAGCUCAGAAAAGUCCUAUGAUGCGCCAGUCUCUGAAUUUCCUCAGAGGCACAAGAAACGUAUCCUCUCCGAUUUUACCUUCGGAACACCAUGAAAGAUCCGGAGAGCCGCAGCAAACUGACGAGGGUUUGAAAAAAUACCAUACAACCAACACAAAGCAACAGGUCACCACUUCUGGACGAGUGAUCCCGCAGAAGGCCGACGUAAAUUCGCCUCCCCCAGAGGUUCCAAAAAAGUCAAGGAGUUUCACGUCUCUGACUAAAAGAGUUGCGUCUUCAAGCUCACUCCGAAAUUCCGCCGACAGAGACAAGUUAUAUCCAGCAGCAUCCAUAUGCUCCAAGACCAUCGUGACCUCAGCUUCGACUAAAAUCCCGUAUGUGUAUCCUGCAGUCCUUUCCAACGUUGCCAAGGCGUUCCGGGCGCGGAUCCAGCUAGACUCAAAGUUUAAAAAUGGUCUCGAGUACAGAGACUCGUUCACCGGCGCUGAGGCAGUGGAUUGUAUUGCUCGGAUCAUCAGGACAUCGGAUCGUAACCUCGCGCUUCUGCUAGGUAGAUCUCUGGAUGCACAGAAAUUGUUCCAUGACGUGACGUACGAACAUCGACUCAGGGACUCCAACAACGAAGUUUAUCAGUUUUCUGAAGAGGUGUUUGAUGUUUAUCCCAACGAGUCUUCUGGUCUUCAGCGUCACGAAUCUGUUAACUCGGAAAUUCAUGAGAUGGACAACAAGGGCUCUCCAUCAAUGACAUCUUCACCCAAUGGCAAUCCAAAUUCCAAGCCCGGCUUCUUAGGCGUGCCAGUGGUGGGAGUUUUUACUCUACUGACAGAAUGCUACUCGCCAACCUGUUCAAGAGAUAAUUUAUGCUAUAGUAUUGUUUGUCCAAGAAGAUUGGAGCAACAGGCUAGAUUGGGCUCGAAGUCGUCUUUGACUAGGUCUGACUCGCAUCUGUCGCUUACGCAAAAGGAGGAGCAGAAAGCGUUUUGGUCAUACACGGUUCCAAAAAGCAUUCUUGAUAGUAUGGACAAGAGAGAGAUCAAACGCCAGGAGUGUAUUUUUGAGAUGAUUUAUUCCGAAAGAGAUUUUGUCAAAGAUUUGGAAUAUUUGAGAGAGUUCUGGAUCAGACCUUUGUCAGAGACAAAGAUCAUCAAAGAGAACGAAAGAGAACACUUUGUCAACACUGUAUUUUACAACAUUAAUGAGAUCUGGGAGAUCAACUCCAGAUUUGCAGAGGCAUUGACCAAGAGGCAACAGGAGAAGCCAGUUGUCGACGAGAUAGGUGACUUAUUUUUAGAGUUUAUUCCUCGUUUCGAGCCAUUUGUCAAGUACGGCGCUGGCCAGGUGAAGGGAAAAUACGAAUUUGACCGUCAGAAGAGACACAAUCCAUUUUUCGUGAGGUUCAUUGAAGACACCAGUAACAGAGCUGAAUCUCGAAGACUUGAUGUGUCGUCGUAUCUUUCGAAACCUACAACUCGGCCGGCAAGGUAUCCUCUGCUUUUGAAGAGCAUUAGAGAUCAUACUGACCCCGAGUCUAAGGAUUAUGCCAACCUGAACAAAGCAAUAGAGCUUCUCCAAAAAAUGCUGACAAGAAUCAAUUACGAGACAGGAAAAGCAGCAGAUAGACUGAACCUUUUUCUGUUGAAACAGAAACUGGUGUUCAGACCUGGCGAGUACAUAGAUCUGAGAUUGACAUCAGAGCACCGCAAGCUCUUAUACCAAUGUGUUUUGAAGAAGAGAAACUACCAGGACAAAGAAAAACAAGGCGAAGUGCAAGUGUACCUUUUCGACCAUGCCUUACUGUUUGUUAGAAUUAAGGUCGUGAACAAAAGAGAGGUAUACAGGGUCUAUCAAAGGCCUAUUCCUCUACCCCUGUUGUUUGUAUCACUGACUGAAGAAAGCCCAUCCAUCAAACAAAUCAAAAAGUCUGCCUCUACGGGAUCGUUGACGGGAUCGUUGACGGGAUCAACGUCUUCGUUACUUUUCAAAGACGCUCAUACAACGAGCGGGCUGCAUUUGGCAACGACUUCGGCCAAAUGUCCAAUUUCUUUCACAUACUUGGGCCGCAGCGGAUAUGACUUGACAUUGUAUGCAACGCCAACAGUGCAACGAAUGCUGAUUGACAAGCUGGAAACGCAAACCAGAAAAUUAAUUGAUGAUAAUGAUGUUUUCACCUUGACCCCAUUGACGUCCAACUUCUUUGACCAUAAUAAUAAAAUCAACUGUGUUGUUCCUUUCGAUGGAGGCAGAAAAUUGCUGUACGGUACGGACUCGGGUAUUUAUGUGAGUGAUGUGAAAAUCACUGACAACGGAUCCAGGGUUGUUUCGAGACCAGUGAAGAUCAUCAGCAAAAUUAAUAUUAUUCAAGUGGAAAUCCUCAGCGAAUACCAGACCCUGCUGGCUCUGAGUGACAAGAAGCUAUUUUAUUGGCCUGGUGACGUGUUGAGUGGGGGGGACGCAGUGAAGAACGGCAAACUUGGAAAGGAGCUAAUGACGCAUGUGUCGUUCUUUAAAACAGGUGUUUGCGCUGGAAGAAUGCUUGUUUGUGCAGCCAAGUCUUCUUCUAACCUCAUUAGAAUCUUUGAGCCUAUUGAUCCGAUCAGCCAGAGAAAACAAAAAAAAAGUUCUCACCGGAGACAAAAGACGUUAGUUUCAACUCCGAGCCGGUUUCGAUCAGCUUUCUCAAGACCAAGCUAUGUGUGGGUUGUUCGAAAGGCUUUGAGAUUGUUUCUUUGGAAACGAACGAGAUCAAGCAGCUUUUGGAUGCUGCCGACACGUCUCUCGACUUUGUGGUCGGCAAGGAAGGCCUCAAGCCCCUGGAGAUUGACAGAAUCAACUCCGACUUCCUGCUCAGCUACUCAAACUUUUCCUUUUUCAUCAACUACAGCGGCUGGCGGUCGAGACCCAAGUGGAUCAUCCACUGGGAGGGUGUUCCUCACGCUUUUGCUCUGUGGUACCCGUAUCUUCUGGCCUUUGAUUCUGGUUUUAUUGAGAUUCGCCACGUUGAGAGUGGAGAGCUUUUGCGCGUCAUCAUCGCCGAGAAGAUCCGCUUCUUGCACUCCAGCUCACAGGAGAUUUUGUAUGCAUACGAAGAUGAAAGAGGAUACGAUGUGGUCGCGUCACUUGAUUUCUGGGAUAAAAGCAUGAAGAACAGAAGUCGUGGAAACACCCUCCAUACACCGGCGCCAAGCAGCACUGCCACCUCGACUACUUUGGUUUCAAAAUGACAUAACGUUUGAUAUAGUAUUAUAAUAUAUAUUUGGUUAGCA